GUUGUGAAUGUCCCCCUCUUCGAAGAAAUGUAUAAAAGCUAUCGAGACCGACUUUGGACAACAUUUGUUCAACUAGAUGAUAUCCCAAUAGUGCUUGAUGCUCCUCCUACUGGUCUAUGUCAAGUCCUUGAUGAAUUCCACUCAGUACCAGAUCUGCAGAGCGCAUUAUCUAUGACGCUCCCUUCUGGUCUCACGCAGCAAACGCUUGUCUGUUUGGCUGGACUUCUUAUCGAUUAUCCGAUAGCAUACGUACCACGAUCACAGGAUCAAACGUCCUUUCUCAGUAAUAUUCCCCUGGAUAUAUACGAAGUCAUACUUGAAGUGGACGAGAAUGUCAGCAGAAGCGAGAAACAGCACACAGUACUCAAAUUCACGUGUCCUUCGAUGAUUGGUAACGACUACAUAGAUCUUUCUCCCUCUCAGAUGACGAACAAACUGAGAAGGCGUUACUGUUCUCGUUUGGCAGAGAUAGGCUUGGCUUCAUCC